UGGGAGGCCAAUCUGAAAAGGUUUAUUGUGUAGAACUGUGAUUCAGUGUAGUGUGCGGUGCAGUGUGGAUCCUUAACUGUAUCUGUUGGUCAGCAUUGGAAGGAUUAACAGGCAACACAGACGGGGGACCGCUUAGCCUGAAUCAUGCACAUCGUCACCAUAACAGCUAACUGGGAGUGGUGCAGAAAUUGUGCAAGAUACGGAUAAGGCACGUUUUUUGAUUUCAUUGCGCGGUUGCUUAAGUUGCUGCCGAAUUCCCCCCGAACGUUAUAAUGCUUGAGGAAAACUCUUGUCUUUGGUUAAGUCGCCUUUUACUGCUUGCGCCAAGUGUGUGUCGGUGUGAAGUGAUCAGACUGGGAUAAAGCUGGAGAAUUAGGGACUUCUUCCAAUAUCGGAUACCUUUUUUGUUUUAUUCUCCGUGAUUUUUGAAGUGGAGGACGAGAAGAGAAGACGACUGAAGUGUUCCCACCACCUUGAAACAUGGGGAACGCAGGGAGUAUGGACCAACAAACUGACUUCAGGGCACAUAACAUGCCCUUAAAACUGCCCAUGCCGGAGCCAGGUGAAUUAGAGGAACGAUUUGCUGUCGUUUUGAAUUCUAUGAACCUCCCACCAGACAAAGCUCGGCUCCUGCGGCAGUAUGACAACGAGAAGAAAUGGGAACUGAUUUGUGAUCAAGAACGGUUUCAAGUGAAGAAUCCCCCGCACACGUACAUUCAGAAGCUCCAGAGCUAUCUGGACCCGGCGGUCACCAGGAAGAAAUUCCGCAGACGAGUGCAGGAGUCGACCCAAGUCCUCAGAGAACUGGAAAUUUCAUUACGCACCAAUCACAUAGGGUGGGUGCGAGAGUUCCUCAAUGAAGAGAACAAAGGGCUGGACGUGCUGGUGGACUAUCUGGCGUUUGCACAGUAUGCUGUCACGUUCGACGGUGAGAACCUGGAGAACGGCCCCGACGGCCCGGCUGACAAGGCCAAGGCUUGGAGCCGCUCUAUCGAGGACCUGCACGGGGACAACAUGCCCUCCCCCAUCAGCGGGAGCACCAUAUCCAGAGCCGGGAGGCACACCACGUUAAGGAGUAACACGUUGCCAAGCCGGAGGACGCUGAAGAACUCGCGGCUGGUCUGCAAGAAGGACGACGUCCACGUGUGCAUCAUGUGCCUGCGCGCCAUCAUGAACUAUCAGUACGGUUUCAAUAUGGUCAUGUCCCACCCCCACGCUGUGAAUGAAAUUGCACUAAGUCUGAACAAUAAGAACCCAAGAACGAAAGCCCUGGUGCUGGAGCUGCUAGCCGCGGUGUGUCUCGUGAGAGGGGGCCACGAAAUCAUCCUAUCGGCGUUCGACAACUUUAAAGAAGUCUGGGCGGAGACGCAGAGGUUUGAGAAGCUAAUGGAGUAUUUCAGGAACGAGGACAAUAACAUUGACUUCAUGGUGGCGUGCAUGCAGUUCAUCAACAUCGUGGUGCACUCAGUCGAGGACAUGAACUUCAGGGUGCACCUGCAGUAUGACUUCACAAAGCUCUCUCUGGACGAGUAUCUGGAUGUGAGUACAAAACAGCCCCGUCUACUGGUCAACCACAGGCCCACACAAAAAGCCCCGUUCCCAUGCACUUCAGAGACAAUGACGGAGAAGCUGCAGGACACGGAGAACGAGGCCAUGUCCAAGAUUGUGGAGCUGGAGAAGCAGCUGAUGCACCGCAACAAGGAGCUGGAUUCCAUACGGGACAUUUACAAGGACGCGAGCGCGCAGGUGCACACGCUGCGGCGCAUGGUGAAGGAGAAGGACGACGCCCUGGUGCGGCAGGGCAACCUGGAGAAGAAGAUCCACGAGCUGGAGCGCCAGGGCACCAUCAAGAUCCAGAAAGGGCUUGGCGACAUAGCCCAUCCUCACCGCACCAGCCCGCCCGCCCUGCCAUCGGGCGCCGGGGGCGAUCGUCGCCGAUCCAGUCCCAGCGGGACCAACGGCACAGCGUUUGGCCCCGGGACACCUUCACCACCUCCACCUCCACCCCCGCCCCCUCCCCCACCUGGCUCAGCCCCCUAGGCCCCUCCUCCUCCUCCCCCCCUCCCCUCCUCCCCCUGGUCCCUCCCUCCUCCUCUGCCCCCUCUGCCCCCACCGCCGCCACCACUGGCCCCCCCGCUGCCCGGCUGUGGGAGCCCCACGGUCAUCUUCAACUCAGGGCUAGCAGCUGUUAAGAUCAAGAAGCCGAUCAAGACCAAGUUCCGCUUGCCGGUCUUCAACUGGGUGGCACUGAAGCCCAACCAGAUCAACGGCACAGUCUUCAACGAGAUCGAUGAUGAGAGAAUCCUAGAGGAUCUGAACGUAGACGAGUUUGAGGAGAUGUUCAAGACCAAAGCGCAGGGCCCGGCCAUCGACCUGACCACGAGCAAGCAGAAGUCCAUCCAGAAGGGCCCCAACAAGGUGUCUCUGCUGGAAUCCAACCGAGCCAAGAACCUGGCCAUCACCCUGAGGAAAGUGGGCAAGAUGCCCGAGGAGAUUUGCAGGGCCAUUCAACUGAUUGACCUGCGCGCGCUGCCGGUGGACUUUGUGGAGUGCCUGAUGCGCUUCCUGCCCACGGAGAACGAGGUGAAGGCCAUGCGUCAGUACGAGAAGGAGCGCAAGCCACUGGAGAACCUGGCCGACGAGGACCGCUUCAUGACGCAGUUCAGCAAGAUCGAGCGGCUCGCGCAGAAGAUGACCAUCAUGGCCUUCGUGGGCAACUUCACCGAGAGCGUGCAGAUGCUCACGCCGCAACUCCACGCCGUAAUUGCAGCAUCCGUGUCAAUAAAAUCCUCACAGAAGCUCAAGAAGAUUCUGGAGAUCAUCUUGGCUCUUGGAAACUACAUGAACAGCAGUAAGAGGGGAGCCGUCUACGGUUUCAAACUACAGAGUUUAGAUUUGCUUUUAGACACUAAAUCGACGGACCGCAAACUCACACUGUUACACUACAUUGCUAACGUGGUCAAGGAGAAGUAUCAGCAGGUGGCCCUUUUCUACAACGAGCUGCACUACGUCGAAAAGGCCGCCGCAGUUUCACUAGAGAACGUGCUGCUGGACGUGCGGGAGCUCCAGCGGGGGAUGGACCUGACCAAGCGCGAGUGCCAGAUGCACAGCCACAACACGCCCCUUAAGGACUUCAUCGUCCAGAACGAGGGCAAGCUCAAGAAACUGCAGGAUGACGCCAAGAUUGCACAGGAUGCCUUUGACGAGGCCGUGAAGUUCUUCGGGGAGAACUCCAAGACGACACCUCCCUCCGUCUUCUUCCCCGUGUUUGUGCGCUUUGUCAAGGCCUACAGGCAAGCGGAGGAGGACAAUGAGCAUCGGAAAAGGCAGGAACAGAUGAUGAUGGAGAGGCUGCUGGAACAGGAGGCCAUGAAUGAACAGGAGGACCAGAAGUCGCCAUCCCAGAAGAACAAGCGGCAGCAGCAGGAGUUGAUAGCGGAGCUGAGGAAGAAGCAGGUGAAGGACAGCAGGCACGUCUAUGAGGGCAAAGACGGCGCCAUCGAAGACAUCAUCACGGUGCUGAAGAGCGCGCCCUUUACCGCCCGAACGGCCAAGCGGGGCUCUCGGUUCUUCUGCGAGUCGGCGCUCGCUGAGGAGUGCCAUUACUAAAGCUAACGCUCUCUCUCUCAAAGCUCUAAAGAAGAAUAAUAUUACUAAAUUUCCCAAUGUCCACUCGAGGGUAAGGAACUCCUCCAAUAGCACCCCUGUGGUGGUG